CAUGACCAGGAGCGUCACGCGUCGUCGUCGUUUGGGGAGGCUGUGCGCGGUGCGUUCGCGGCCUACUCGCCUUUGCCGGGUUCAGGGGCGUCGAGUGGGACGGGCCUCGCUUCCUCCGGCGGCCCUUUGCGGUUACUGCUAAACAUGUCUUUUCCACCUCACUUGAAUCGCCCUCCUAUGGGUAUCCCAACUCUUCCACCUGGAAUGCCACCUCCACAGUUCCCAGGUUUUCCUCCACCUGUACCUCCUGGGACGCCAAUGAUUCCUGUGCCAAUGGGUAUUAUGGCUCCUGCACCAACAGUAUUAGUCCCAACUGCCGUGUCAAUGGUUGGAAAGCACAUGGGAAUCAGAAAGGACCAUCCAGGUCUAAAGAACAAAGAAAACGAUGAAAAUAGUGGUCCUACUACCACUGUUUUUGUAGGCAAUAUAUCUGAAAAGGCAUCAGACAUGCUUAUACGUCAGCUUCUUGCUAAAUGUGGUUUGGUUUUGAGUUGGAAGAGAGUUCAAGGAGCAUCUGGAAAACUUCAAGCUUUUGGGUUUUGUGAGUAUAAAGAACCAGAUUCCACCCUUCGUGCACUCAGGUUACUUCAUGAUCUUCAAAUUGGAGAAAAGAAAUUACUUGUGAAAGUUGAUGCCAAGACAAAAGCACAGCUAGAUGAAUGGAAGGCAAAGAAAAGGUCUUCCAAUGGGAACUCCAGACCAGAACCUACAACUGAUGAUGAUGAAGCACUUGAUGAAGAUACGAAGAGAAGAGACCAGCUAAUUAAAGGGGCCAUUGAAGUUUUAAUACGGGAAUAUUCCAGCGAGCUCAAUGCCCCCUCCCAAGAGUCUGAUUCUCAUCCCAGGAAGAAGAAAAAGGAAAAGAAGGAGGACAUUUUCCGCAGAUUUCCAGUGGCCCCACUGAUACCUUAUCCACUCAUCACCAAGGAGGAUAUCAACGCUAUAGAAAUGGAAGAAGACAAAAGGGACCUGAUAUCCCGAGAGAUCAGUAAAUUCAGAGAUACUCACAAGAAAUUGGAGGAGGAGAAAGGCAAAAAGGAGAAAGAGAGACAAGAAAUUGAAAAAGAACGCCGUGAAAGAGAAAGGGAACGGGAGCGUGAAAGAGAGAGAAGGGAGCGUGAAAGAGAGAGAGAGAGGGAGCGUGAAAGAGAGAAGGAGAAGGAACGGGAGCGCGAACGAGAACGGGAUAGAGAUCGGGACCGCACUAAAGACAGAGACCGGGACAGGGAAAGAGAUCGCGACAGAGACCGUGAAAGAAGCUCGGACCGCAACAAGGAUCGGAGCAGAUCUAGGGAGAAAAGCAGAGACAGAGAAAGGGAACGGGAAAGAGAGCGAGAGAGGGAACGAGAGAGAGAACGGGAACGAGAGCGGGAAAGAGAAAGAGAGCGGGAAAGGGAACGCGAAAAGGACAAGAAAAGGGAUAGAGAAGAAGACGAAGAAGAUGCUUAUGAGCGUCGUAAACUGGAAAGAAAGCUACGUGAAAAAGAAGCCGCUUAUCAAGAGCGCCUUAAAAACUGGGAGAUCAGAGAACGAAAGAAAGCUAGAGAAUAUGAAAAAGAAUCUGAGAGGGAAGAGGAAAGACGAAGAGAAAUGGCAAAAGAAGCAAAACGUCUAAAAGAAUUUCUGGAAGAUUAUGAUGAUGACCGAGACGACCCAAAAUACUACAGGGGAAGUGCUUUGCAGAAACGAUUGCGAGACAGAGAGAAGGAAAUGGAAGCAGAUGAACGAGACAGGAAAAGAGAAAAGGAAGAACUAGAAGAAAUCCGACAACGUCUUCUUGCAGAAGGACACCCAGAUCCAGAUGCUGAGCUGCAAAGAAUGGAACAAGAGGCCGAAAGACGGCGACAGCCGCAAACCAAACAGGAGCCAGAAUCUGAGGAAGAGGAGGAGGAAAAGCAAGAGAAAGAAGAGAAAAGAGAAGAACCUGAAGAAGAGGAGGAAGAGCCAGAACAGAAGCCCUGCCUUAAACCAACAUUACGACCCAUCAGUUCUGCACCAUCUGUUUCAUCUGCAAGUGGCAAUGCAACUCCCAACACUCCCGGGGAUGAAUCUCCAUGUGGUAUCAUCAUCCCACAUGAAAAUUCUCCUGAUCAGCAACAACCAGAGGAAUAUAGGCCUAAAAUAGGGCUAAGCCUCAAACUUGGUGCAUGUAAUAGUCCUAACCAGCCCAAUGCUGUGAAAAGAAAGAAACUCACUGUAGACAGUGUCUUUAAUAAAUUUGAAGAUGAAGAUAGCGAUGACAUGCCACGUAAAAGGAAACUUGUGCCUUUGGAUUAUGGUGAUGAAGACAAAGGCUCUUCCAAAGGCAGUGUCAAUACUGAAGAGAAGCGGAAACACAUCAAGAGUCUAAUUGAGAAGAUCCCCACGGCCAAACCAGAGCUGUUUGCUUAUCCUCUUGACUGGUCUAUUGUGGAUUCGACAUUAAUGGAACGUCGAAUUAGACCUUGGAUCAACAAGAAAAUAAUAGAAUAUAUUGGCGAAGAAGAAGCAACACUAGUCGAUUUUGUUUGUUCAAAGGUUAUGGCUCAUAGCUCACCACAGAGCAUCCUGGACGAUGUCGCUAUGGUGCUAGAUGAAGAAGCAGAAGUUUUUAUAGUAAAAAUGUGGAGAUUAUUGAUAUAUGAAACAGAAGCCAAAAAAAUUGGUCUUGUGAAAUAAAGGUUCUUUUUGUUUUUAGGGCUCCAUUUCAAUUUUUUGUUUCACAUCACUGAAGAACUUUGAAGUUUAUCUUCAGAGACAUUUGUGAGACCUGUAUUUUUUAAAUGUAGAAAAUGUGAAUUUUUUUCAUCCUCUGUUACACUGAGGUGCCCCCCUUGCUCGACUUCUAAGCUUCCUUGGUUGUAAUUAUUUGAAUCCUGCAUUGGUGUUUUUUUUUUUCAUUCACCAUGUAAUGUUACAGGAAUUGUUUAUAAAUUGCAGCUGCUGUAUACAGUCUGAUAUUCAUCUUCUAACUGAUCCUGUAAAUAUUUUUAAAAGACCCAUGUAAGGAAACAUCUGCACUUACGACAUACAAAAAUAGUUGUUUUAUGUAAAUGCAUCCCUCUUUCUUUGCCCUCCAUUUUUAAAAAAUAAUAAACUUCAGAAUACAAAGAAA